CGAGGAUCGCCGUGUGUCUUUUUUGUACCUUCCACAUAGUCCCUACCGCCCACGGCCACCAUCUGCUGCUCCCGAAGCAGAGGCUCAUACAACGGCGUCAAGCCUGGAGCUUUAAAGACAACAACGGGGGUAUCCCAUUUAAAGCACCACGGUUCCUAAGACAUUGGAUUAGCUGAGUGAAAUUUAUCACUAAAGCUAAGACCACCGUUGUUGACGCCAUCCACCAGUCCCACAAAUCAGAACAAAAUGGUGCAGAACAAGAUCACCGAAGUUACCGGAUUCCAUCACUCUUUUAAGGGCCAAAAUCCCUUUGAAUCUGAGGAAUUUUCCAAAACAGGAUCCCAUCUCCUUGAAUCUGCCUUUGAUUUUGAUUGUUCCGCCCGACCUGACAUGCCAUCCAGCCAGCCCAUCGACAUCCCAGAUGCCAAAAAGAGAAACAAGAAGAAAAAGAGAUGCCGGGCAACAGACAGCUUCUCAGGGCGAUUUGAGGAUGUAUAUAAACUGCAAGAUGAGGUGCUGGGAGAAGGGGCCUAUGCCAGAGUCCAGACCUGCAUCAACCAAAUCACUCACAAAGAAUAUGCUGUGAAGAUAAUUGAGAAAAGGCCAGGACACAGCAGGAGUCGUGUUUUCAGAGAGGUGGAAAUGCUGUACCAGUGUCAGGGCCACAGAAAUAUUCUGGAGCUGGUGGAGUUCUUUGAGGAGGAGGACAAGUUUUACCUUGUGUUUGAGAAGCUGAGAGGAGGUUCUGUUUUGGCCCACAUUCACAAGAGGAGAUACUUCAGCGAGCAGGAAGCCAGCAUUGUGGUGCAGGACAUUGCGAGUGCGCUGGACUUCCUUCACAAUAAAGGAAUGGCCCACAGAGACCUGAAGCCUGAAAACAUCUUGUGUGAACACGAGGACAGGAUUUCGCCUGUGAAGAUUUGUGAUUUUGAUCUGGGCAGUGGAAUUAAACUCAAUAGUGACAGUUCACCCAUCUCCACUCCAGAGCUCCUCACUCCAUGUGGAUCUGCUGAAUACAUGGCGCCGGAAGUUGUGGAAGCCUUCAAUGAGGAGGCGACCAUCUACGAUAAGCGCUGUGACCUGUGGAGCCUGGGUGUCAUCCUCUACAUCAUGCUGAGCGGUUACCCUCCCUUCGUGGGACGCUGUGGAAGCGACUGUGGAUGGGAGAAUGGAGAACCUUGUCAAGCGUGUCAGAACACCUUGUUUGAAAGCAUCCAGGAGGGCAAGUAUGAGUUUCCAGAGAAAGAGUGGGCUCAUAUUUCCUCCAGUGCCAAAGACCUCAUUUCCAAACUGCUUGUGCGGGACGCCAAGAAACGUCUUAGCGCUGCUCAGGUUCUCCAGCACCCCUGGGUACAAGGGGGUGCCUUUGACUGUCUCCCUUCCUCUAUCCUGCCACAAAGGAACAGCAGCACUAAGGACCUGACGUUCUUUGCGGGCAAGGCUGUUGCCAUGAACCGGCAACUAGCUGAGCAAGACGACCUGGAAGAACAGCAGCUGCAGGACUCUCCUCAGGUCGUCACAGCCAGUGCCACGUCCAUGCGCCUCUCCCCUCCCUCCAACUCCAAACUUGCCAAGCGCAGACAGAGGAGUAGCCUGCUGAAAGGAGCGCCCGUGUCUGCCUCUGAGCUCAGGCAGCUCCUGGCACCGCUGGUCAUUGUGGGAGACUGUGCUUGAUCGGUUGAGCUGGGCUCCCCGUGAACAAUUUUCCAAUUUCAAAUGGACAAAGUAUCUGCUACCUUUUGUGCAAAUCCCUCUACAUUUCUUCUGCCCCCUUGAAUGGGACCCAGCCCUUUCCUAAAUGAUGGUUCAGUUUGUGCCUGUUGCAAAUCCAGUUUGCUCCCUUAAGCACUGGAGCAAGAGCUCCUACAGCACUUUGAUCAACUCGACAGCAUGGCAAUUACCUUGCGAGCUCAAGGCGAAUGAACUGGACUCCAUUUAGGAUAGAGAUUGGGUUACACAAGCCAUUCGGAAAUUUGUCUAAAGGUAGGGCGUAAAAUACCAGCUCCGACACCAAAGGUCUAAUACCUCCCACCCCCUUCUUUUUGCUGCUUCCACGUUACAACUGGAUCCACUGUGAAUUUUCUCUGUGAGAGAUACAACUGCAUUUGUUUUUCAGGAAUGUUCUUCCUGUGUGUGUGUGUGUGUGUGUGUGUGUGUGU